UCUUGUUGCCUGGAGUGACUUUGGGCUUCUACACCCAGGAGGAUGUUGAAAUGAUACAUCAAGCUGACAGCAGAAAAGAAAAUGAAGACAAUUUGAAUGAGGAUACAAUGUCUAAAGCUUUUUCUGAGAUCAUGAAGAAACUUGGAGUUUCACAACAAUAUGAUCUUCUGACUAUAUUUGAGGAGGUUUUGGAGAACAGUGUGGUAUUUAAGUGCUAUUCUUUAGAAAACAACAAAGCCAAACGUUUUGAAGAUCAGGAAAAACAAGGCGAACUUCAUGUGGAAGUGCUACUGCUGGAAGGAGGACUGGCGUGCGAAAUCAUGUCUGAGAAAUCGCUCAUUGAUGCCACUGUAAGUACAAUAAAGUCAUCUAUCAGAUACUCAGAUAACCUCCAAACAGUUAAAAGAACCGACAGCUUCAUUGUCAUCCCUGUUUUCUUGAAAAACUACGUUGAGAGUCAGUUACCAGUUUUGGUUGAGAAUGCAUUAAAAGCCGUUGAGAUGUCACAAGGCCGAGAAUACAUGAUCGACACCUCACCGGCCGCUGAAAGAGACGCUGCUGACAGUCAUGACAGACAAUACGAUGCAAUAAUUCCAGUAGACUUUAAAGCGAGCGGCGUGCUGGAGAAAAACAAGAAGUGGGGUAACGGUCUGCAACAAUUUUUGGAGUUCAAGCACCAACUUACGAUUUCGCCGAUAUCCAACGUGACAAACUACAUGUCAAAUUUCCAUUAUUUCCAAAGGUACCUCAGUGGAAGUGGUAUAUUUGGUGUCUCUGGUACAUUAGGAGGUAAGACAGAUUGGGACUUUCUGGAAAAACAUUACAAAGCAAAGAGCUACACUGUACCUGCACAUCGCCAUAAAAGGGUGACGGAGCUUCCGGUCAUCCAGGUGAAAGGUGGGAAUCACCAAUGGAUCCAGACUAUUUGUGAAACUUCAUGGAAAGUAGCAGAUAGAGGACAAGUUGUAUUGGUAAUUUGUGAAGAUGUUAAAACAGCAGAUGAACUGCACAAGAAAAUACAAGACGGAGGCAGAUUAAAGCCAGAACAGAUUACUCUGUACACAAUCAGUGAGAAACACAACAUUGAAAGACAGAAUUUCUGUGCAGGCAGAAUCAUCAUUGCUACAAAUCUUGGUGGACGAGGAACAGACAUAAAGGUUGAUGAAAGUGUGAAUAAGUGCGGGGGUCUUUUUGUUCUUCUUACUCACUUUUCACCCAACCGAAGAGUCGAGAAACAAAUAUUUGGUCGCACGUCUCGUAAAGGCAAUCCUGGGAUGGUUCAGAUGAUUGUGAACUGUGAUCAUCUUGCACCAGCUUACCAAGGUCAGUCUGUGGAAAUCAUGCGCCAGCUGAGAGAGGAUUAUGAAACAAAACGAAUCUGCGACAUGGAAACUGACGAGCUGGUUGAAAUAAACCUAAAGGAAAAUCUGUUCUCCACAUUUUGCAGAUUACUACAAGACUUUGAUGGGCAUUACACACAGGAAGAAAAAUCGAACCCCAUAGAACUGGAUCCUAAAAAAAUUCCUGAGUGCUUCACACGUUAUCAGUCUAAGUUUGACUAUCAGCCCGCCGUCAAUGCUUUGAAAGAGUCUUGGGCCUUAUGGUUGACCCUUCAUGAGGAUCACAUCAACAGACAUGAUGACUUCAAAGAACUUGAAGCAGACCUUAUCAAGACAAUAAAUAAAACAAGUGAAAAGCUGCUGCGAGGAGAAUGCGAUAACUUCUACGAUCACGUCAGACAGGCAAUUGUAAGAACUGAUCUACAUUGCCGAGACAAAAACAGCAACGAUAAUGGAGCGAAAUGCUAUUGGCAAAAAGUUGUGGACUUUGACCCGCACUACAAGGCUGUGGCACUCUAUAACCAGGCGUACAUCACCAUCAAUCUUGGUAAGGGGAACUAUAAGGCAGACGCUAUGAAACUGCUGGAAGACGCAAAGACAUCCAUUGAUGUCUACAUCUCAGAAGUCUCAAACACAAUGGUGUCUUGUAACCUAUCAGUCACUGGUAACAAAGAUCAGAACUCGAACAGCAACAACUUUCAGAGUCAAAUGGAGGCCAGAAUGAACAUCUUUAAGUCUUGGAUGACAUACGUUGAUAAUGCAUUGAAUAAACUAAAAGAGCUGGAGGAAAACAAUGAUGAUGCCAUUACAGAGGACUGCUCGGUUUACAUGCUGUCUGAAGAAAAGAACUUCAUUGUCAACAAUGAGCUGAGAUUGCUGUACGACUAUGGACUGGGAAUUGUUUUCGAGGUAAAAAAGAAACCCAAGUUCUGCAUCAAUGGUUUGAUAUGUUUCCUACUCGGAGCGGUGCAGGUUUUUGCUGGAGCUCUUAUUUGUGCUCUGACACUUGGAGCAGCCAGUCAGAUUGGAAUGGGUCUGAUUUCAGAAGGGGUGUCAGACAUGAUCAGUGGAAUAGAAGGGAUGAUAAACGGCACAUUCAGUUGGGCUUCAUGGGCAAUAUCUAAGAGUGUCAGCAUUGGGCUUUCUUUGUUAACAGCUGGCUUUAGCGUUAUCAAGAAAGCAGUUACUGGCGUAUUUAAAGCGACAAAAAGCAUCCUCAAUGGUACAAAGUCUUUCUCUGCUGUUGCAUCUGAAUUCAUGAAAUCAGGAAAGGCAGUAUUUGCCUCGGUAAAAGAAUCUGCUAAGUCCAGUUUAUCAGCCCUCAGUAAAGAAUCUUUAAAAACCGCGAUGAAAAACAUGUCUUCUUCAACAGUGCUCAAACAGAACUUAAAAGUUGUUGCUAAUUAUGCUGUUAAGGAAAUCGGGAAACAGUCCAUCAUCAAUGCCAUGAACUACGCGAUCGAUGCGGCACUUCAGGAAGUCUUUAAGAAUAUUUUACGAAGAAGCUUUGAAGAUGUGGUCACUUCAUCUGUGAAGCAGAACAGCAAACUGGAUCAGACUCUUGAAGAGUUCAUCAGCUCCGCCAUUCCGAAAGCUGCCUUGGAAAAAGAGAAUUAUAAGAUUGAUCCGAAAUAUGAGGAGGAAUUAAAAAAAUCUGUUGGGGUGCUGUGCGAAAAGAUAACUCCUGAGCUCAUACUGGACUGUACCAACGCACGAGAGGUUAUCAGCAAACUCUCAGAGGUGUGUAAAGAAGCAACAGACCUAAUGAAUAAAGCCAAACUGUCUGGUGUACUUGAAUCAGCAAAGCUUGCUCUGAAAGUAGCAGAGAAGUCAGUAAAUCUCACUCAAAUUUUGGGCGCCAUACCAACAAAGGAGAUCAUAGACUGCAAUUUUGUUCCCGAAUUACUGGAGAGCAUCAAUAAGCUUCAGAAUGAACUGGCAAAGUAUGACCGAGAUGGACGACACAACUUACCUGACGUACAACGCCUUAAAAGAGAACUUCUACAUGAUAUCUCUAAGAAUGUUUCUAAGCAAUUCAUCAGUUCCUGUUCUGAGCAUAUGAGCGCUUUAAUGACCAACAGAGUUAAAAAUCAGGUAAACAGUGCAGCAGGACAGGCUGUAAAUCGUGUCAUGAGCAGAAAUAAAACUCACCGUUUCUUCGAUGACCAAAGGGAAAAACACAACAAGAAAUCCACAAGCCACAAGGAAGUAAAAGGUCUGUCAGGUGUGGACCAAACAAAGUUGUAUACAAAGUAUACAGAAGAUAUAUGCAAAGCCAAUCAGUCUGCUACACCCCUCGACAUGUACGUGCUUACAAAAAGUAACCUGCUGGGUGGAAAAGGAAUUCAACUGACUGUCGUCGAUGGAAAUGGAAAACAGCUCACUGAGGAGCGUUACCCGGGAACCACCAAAUCAGCCGGCGAUAUAAAACUGAGAUUAACCAAAUCUGCAGAAGCCACAAAUCCAUCACAAGCCGGUGCACAGCUGUACAGCGGCCAUUUUGAUAUAACACAGGACGACGGCAUGAUAAUCAGCGUCAAAUCGGAUCAUCAGAACGCUUUUUAUCAAGCUGUAGUGCAAGCAACUGGCAGCACGGCUGAAGACCCAGAAAAGGGAUCUUUGGUGCUACGUGAGAAAGUGAAAAAUGAGAUCCAGACACACCUUGAAUUGUACACACCCAUGCUUGCCCUUCAGAUGGGAUACGAAAACCCCAGAAAAUACAAGAUAACUGGAGGAAGCAAGGAGACAGACACUUCAUUGCAGGAAUACUUGCAGAGCGUUAAAUUGAUCAAAAGUGAAGAACGUAUCCUCAUCAAAAUGUACCAUCUGGGAUUUGUUGGUGAAUAUACAAGUGUCCAAAAUGCUCGAAAGUCCAGUAAGAACGCUACUGGGACAUUUACCACGAGCCAUAUACCACCGAAGGACUCCUUCAGACUAGCUCAGAUGUCCAUAGAAAACUCAGCAAACGAGUUUAAAAAUAAAAGUCCAGAGCUUUAUAAACUAAUCAGCAGCAUAAAAACGGACAGUAAUGGACAGAACCUGGUUGCCAUGGAGGUUCUGGGACAAGAUCACAGACGAGCUUUAACCACGGGCCCGAGCAACCGGUCACAGAUGGCCAGGAAACUUCUAUCAGACACUUUGAUUAGUGGAGAUGUGGAGCUUCUGCUAAAACGCUGCAUGAUUCUGCAUCAUCCGUUUACUUCAGAAAAGCUUAAAUGCGCUUUGGGUGAAAGCAUUCUGUCCCAGUGUCAAAUUUUGUGGGAUGAUGGUAUCCGAGGCUACUACAAAGCAGGGUACAGAAACCUGGUGUCCGAGUACAGCCGCAUGGGAAUCCUGGAUCAGAAUCAGCGUGAGCGUCUGGAUGAGUGGGUGACUCAGGAUCAACAUGAGGACGUAAACACUGUGGAGUACAGCCAGCUUCUGGAAGCAUUAAAGUAAAAAUGUCUAGUGUUAAAAAACACUUUCUCUUGAUUAAAUGAUGAUGUUGAUGAAGAUAAUCGCUGUUAAAUGUAAAAAAAGAUUAAUUUCUGCAAUUGAAUUAUAUGCAAACAAAACAUAUUAGCAAGUAAAGAUGUCGUCUUGUGUUGGUAGAUUAUUUCAGUAAUUUUAAGCAUUCAUGUCUAAAAAAUAAUGAUAAAAAGAUCAUUUAAAACUCAGUAUUAGUAAAAUAUCUAGAAUUAUUAUGUUUUGUUAAAAACAUUACAAUACACUCACACAAAAAAUAUAAGUGCUAAAACAGUUGGCAGUGAAGCCAUAGAAGAACCAAUUGUGGUUCCUCAAAGAGCUUUUCAGAUCAAAUGUUGUAAAAAGAAUUUUUUUUUACUUUUUUAAAGUCUAUAGAAACUUUUCCCACUACAAUUAAAAUUUAUGGAACCAUACACAAAGAUGGAAUUGGUUAAAAUGUAAAGGUUACACUUUGUCUAUGGGCUACCACAUUUGACGUAGUUAAGAGAGUACUUUCUUUGAAGUAACAAAACCUGCUUAUCUGAAUGCUUGUGUGUUAAAUCAGUAUGAUUUUUUUAUUUACGUAGAUGUUUUUACUGUAUACUAACUGUUUACUUCAAGGUACAUUCAGUAAUUCUUAGAAAAAAUUACUUGGAUUUAAAUUAACACCCGAGAUCAGGGUUGUCAUAGAUUAAUCAGUACUUGUUGUUGUUAGAAUCAGUAUAUUUUUUUGAUAAAAUGACACAUACAUUUAAAUGUUUUGUUACUAAUCUACAUUAGGCUGGUGAAUGGAUUUAUACUUGUAAUUGAUCUCAUUUUGGCCAUUAAAAUUUUGAUAUUUCAUUUUUGUGCCUAUUUUGUGUUUUUUAAAAAAUGAGAUUAUCAUCUAAAUGAUCGUUUUGAUUAACUUCAAACUUUUUUAAAUAGCAAAAUGAAUCUCU